AUGGUGGGACUAAGAAACCGCUCUACAUGGGAACCAUUGCUUCUCAAGGCCUCCUGCAUCAAGUCCUGUGCCAACGGCUGCUCCCUGGGCAUCACUGCACACCUCACAUAUGCCAAUGCUGACGUAGAGUCUGUGGAAGGUGUGUUUGUGUACCCUCUUGGGGAAAAGGAGGUUGUGGUGGGCUUUGAGGCUGUGAUCGCAGGCCGACUGGUUGGGGUCCAGAUACAGAGCCGGGGGAAGUUGAAAGACUGCUGUUUGGAUUGCUGCCCUGGAUCUGGUCUUGAAAGCCACUGUGGGAAUGGCCGGGAGUGGGGCUGCUGUGGGAGCUCCAGCCACGACAUUCAAUGCACCAACGGGCAUCUCAUCCUGGACGAAGACCUUGAAAGAACCACCUUCAUCGUGGGCACAGGGGUCAUCGGCCCCAUGGACAUAGUGUCCAUAAUCAUAAGCACCACGCUCGAACUCGCCACAUUAGAAAAUGGAGCAAUCAGCAUCGUUUACCCAUUCUUACUUACCCCGAUUGUCACUGGCCAGAUGACUCCAAGCAAGAGUGAAAAUGGGGGGAAAUUAGAAGAAACUGGAGCAACCAGCUGUUUCGGUGCCACCUCAGGAAAACAAGACCGGGUCCUGGAUUCUGAGCAGCAGUGUGCACACGCUAUCUUCACCAGUCCGGCUGCCAACCUGGCACCUUACGAGCUCAACUUCCAGCUGCUUGUCAGAGGGGCCUGCUUGCUGGCUGGACUGGAGAGCCCCACUCACGCUCUGAGGGCUGAUGCAGACCCCAGUGCCCAAAGUGCCUCCGCCACCUACAUCACCUUGGCACAGGAGCAUCCGUAUGACAGACACAUAGAGAUCAUCCUGCACCUCAGCGAGCCUCACAGCCCAUUGGUCAUUUUGGAGAGAGGCAGACUCUCCUUCAGCCAGUAUGAACAGCAGAUCUGUUCCCGUCGUGAUUUCAUUCGCUGCACCCGCAAAGAUUCGGAGCCCGAGAGGAAGCUGGAGUUUGUGAGGAAGCGGUACCACAAGGACAUUCUGAGCAGCCCGGUUUUGAUGCUCAACUUCUGUCCUGAUUUGCUGUGUGAACCUCUGGAGCUGCACAAAGCCACCAGAGAGCUACUGUUCCUUGUAGAUCGCAGCGGCAGCAUGAGUGGCACCAACAUCCAUCGUGUUAAGGAAGCCAUGGUGGUCGCAUUGAAGAGUCUCCCCUCUGGCACCAUGCUCAACAUCGUGGGCUUCGGCACCACCAUCAAACCUCUGUUCACUUCCAGCAAGCUCUGCAAUGAUGUCACUCUUAUGCAGGCAUAUGAGUAUGUCCAGAGGAUGAGAGCUGACAUGCGAGGCACCAACCUCCUGGGGGCGCUGUCCUGGGUUUAUCAACAGCCCAUGCAGCGCUCAUAUCCUCGCCAGGUCUUUAUCGUUACAGAUGGAUCCAUCAGUAAUGUAGCCAAAGUGCUGGAGCUGGUCCGCAGAAACACAUGUGCUGGCAGAUGCUUUGGUCUGGGCCUGGGUCCUCGAGCCUGCAGGAGACUCCUGCAGGGCGUUGCCAAACUAACAGGAGGGACAACAGAGUUCAUGGAUGAUGAGGAGAGACUCCAGCCCAAGUUAAUCAAGUCCCUGAAAAAGGCUUUUGAACCGGUGCUGACUGACGUACGGAUUGACUGGUACCUGCCAGAGAACAUGGAGGCUCUUCUUUCACCCAAUGAAAUCCCUCCGCUCUACCCUGGGAAUCGCCUCAUUGGAUAUUGCACUCUAUAUGACAUGAGAAAUUUCAAAGCGAAAAAGACAGAGUCUCAAGAACGGGGCUAUAAAGGUGCACGUUGUGGCUCCACGGGUUCUGUUUUCGGCCAAUCAAAUGAUGAGUUAUCACCUCCUCCUGCUUCGGAACUAAUGCCUGUGGUGACGUGUGCAGACGGCACCGACUUGGAGGAGGCACUAAGGGAGAUCUCCAGAGAAAUCUCCUCUGAGUUCUCCUGUGCCAGAGACACAGACCCUGGCACCAGCCCAGGUGUGGAGUUAGACUGGUCCAGUGACGUGAGGAGGAGGAUCCAGGAGAGCUCUUAUAUCCAGGAGCAGUAUGUCCUCACUCGCUGCUCCCUCAGUAGUGAGCGGAGUCUACAGACACAGUCCCACUCUCACAUACACGCCUCGUCCAACUCUGACUCAGCAGGCGGGGUGUUUCUGCCUGACCCUCACUCCUCUGGGUCAGUGCUGGAUACAGGGUCUCUACCCCAAGGCCUCGAGAAGAUGCCCCCUCCUGAACAGAGAUCAUCUUUGUCUCGCUGGGCAGACUCUGCAUGGCAACAAAACCUCUCAGCUGAAACCCCUGACAAUGGGGCAAAAACAAGUGGGCGCCUGGAUGGAGGCGAGGAGUCUCGUAGGAGGCAAAAAGCGCUGGCCCGUUCAACCAUGGCAGCACGGAGUUUCUCGUCCCCCCAGGGUGAACUGGAGAUGCAUCGCCUGAGGAGAGCUCUGGAGAGGGUCUCCUUCGACCAAACGCUGGGAGGGAGGCUAGACGAAAGCGAUGGGGAAACAAAACCCCCAUCACAUGGGACGCUGUCCCACAGAAGCCUCGCUGACUCCAAUGGUCUCCUGUUCCCCGCCUCUCCUCUGGACUGGGACAGCUUCACAGACCCAGAGUACCUCUUCACUGCUGUUCCCCCUGAGGAUCCCCCUCCCGGUCAGUGCCGCUCGCUCAUUCACGGUCUGCUGAGUGGCAGGCCUGUGUCUUGGGAGGUCACUGUUGACCUGGGGCACCUCUGGACCUCGGAGGGCCAGGAGACACCUGGGGGUGAGGGAUGUGGAGAAGGAGGAGGAGGAGGAGGGGAGGAAGGAAGAGGAGGGGAACCAUGGGAGGAGAUCAUUCACCAACUGACUGCUCGCUCAGUUAUAAGAGACUUUGAGAAAAUGGCAGAGAAGGAGAGUGAUGCUGGACAUGGUUCUGCUAAGCGAUACCGUAUGAAGGCCAUCCAGACCAGUAAGCAUUGUAACAUCAUCUGCAUGUACACAGCCUUCACUACCACGGAUAGCAACUCCAAUAAAGGCUUGCCAGACAGCACGGAUGUCCAAACCACAGGGAUGCAUUUGGGGAACAGGUGGAGUUCCCAGUCAGGUAGUCGCAGGCAGAGGACCUAUUCUGUAGGACUGGGCAGAAGGCGCGCCAGUAGAGACGCUGAAGAACUUGAGGACACCUGGAAUUCUACCGACAGAGAUGACACUCCUGCCUCACCCUGUAGCCUUACAUCCUGGGACUCUAGUGUAGGGGGUAGUGCCUACUCUGCAACAGCCCCAGCAAUAACAGGCGCCUCAUGCACUCGUUCACAGCGAUCUAUAGAGAGCAAGUCAAUGGAGAGUUUCUUUGGCACCAGGUUCCCGCUAGGCAGACUCAGGUCCUCUAUUUCAUCAGGAAAGCAGAUUCCUCUCAAGUCCCACUGUUUGUCUGCAGAGACUGAGAAACAGCCUGAAACUGAAGCCCCAGACUACCUGCCCCUGGUGCGCCUGCAGCUGGCAUCAGGAGCUUUUCUUCUGACAGAGAUCUACUCAGACUGUGUCCAGAUCCCCCUGGACCGCCUAAAAAGGGCUUCACCCUACAGCCUCCACCGCCGCAGCCUCAGCCCACCUUUCCGUUGCACAUCUCCCAGUGCUCCAUCUUUAUCCACCUCUGUCAAACCUCUGGGUGCUCCCUCUACCCACCAUGUUACCUUUUCUCCUUCUUCCUGCCUCCUCUCCAAACCAACUGCUCCUCCUUUCCAUCACACUCCAGACGACACUCCCUUGAUGCUGGAACCAAGGCUUCGCCGAAGACACCUGUCUGACAGAGACCCUGUCACCUCCCCCCCUGACCUCCCCAGCUCCGAGGAGGGGUCCCUUGAGCUAUCUGUUGGCCUCUCCCAGAGCCAGAGCCACGGCCAGGCAGAUAGUGGUCGCGGAUCAGAAACAGAUGUAUGUGAAGGUUCUUCGGUAGAGCCAGCUGACCUCCAGGGGGGCUUCCAGUUGGCUCAAGAGGACCUGGAGGGGUCGAGCUGGGCUACAGCUGUGGCUUUAGCCUGGCUUGAGCACCGCUGUGCCGGCUACUUCAUGGAGUGGGAGCUGGUGGCAGCAAAAGCAGACUACUGGCUGCGCUGUCAGGAGCUGCCCGAGGGAGUGGACCUGGCAGGGCUGAAGGGAGCUGCCAGACAGCUGUUCCUGCUGCUACGCCAUUGGGACGAGAACAUCAAACUAAACAUGCUGUGUUAUAACCCCAAUAACAUGUGA